AUGCCUGUGCGUCACCAGCAGGGCGAUCUGAUCGUUGAGGCGCACUCGCAAGAGCUACAUCCCUCACUCUUGGAGUUCUCUUCGAAUGACGGCCUUUACUCGGACGGCCCCGUCAAGUUGUUCAAAGGUGAUGACGUCCAGGUCACGAACUUGAUCACGCAGUUCAAUGGCAGGGAGGCCAAUUCGGGCUCCUGUCUGGCUUUCGCUCCCCGGAACAAGAACGGAGCUCAGGUAGGUAAUCACCAGGAGGCGACGAAAGGCGACUGGACGUCGGCAACGAAGGAUGACUUCGUCCAGCUGGAGCCUUGGGCGGUGCCCUGCGACAACACUUGGAUGAAGGACAAUUGGAACAAAUGGCAAGGCUACUCCUUCUACACGGGAACGGCCGCCGUCGAGAAGUGCCUGUCAGUCACGUUCAAGAUAGACAUCCAGCCCGUGGUCGCCUUCAUCGCCGGCAUUUCCAUCAAGCUUGUGCCGACGCUCUUCGACUUGAUCACCACCGUGUGUUGGCCGAACCAGAUGCCGGGUGGUCUGGACUUGUCCGUCCUGCGUUCUGAGCUGAAAACCGGCGGUCAUCUGCUGUUCAGCCGAACGCUGCGGCUUGCAAAGCGUUUCGGCUCUGACACGCGCUUCGUGAAGAAGAACCUCGGCACUGGCUACCAGACCUGGAGAUUCCCUCUUGGCAUCGCCAAAGGCGAGACCAGGCCUGCAUUCGCACCUAUGUCGCUUUUGGAGGGCAAUCGAAGCCAAAUUGAAGGCGGAGAGGGCGAGAAGCUCGAGACAGAGUCCUGGUAUUGGAAGACCGAGACGGAGGACCUCUACUUGGCAUCCGUCGACUACGAUGAUUCCAUGGAGGCGAACACGACCUGGGAGAUGCGCGGGGCGGAUGCAGCACGGCACUUGAGUGCAAUGCAGGAGGCUCAGGCGCAGGGCAAGGAGAACAUCAUCCAGCUCUUCAACUUGGAGAAGCCGGGAUUGUCGAACUUCCACAUCCAAGGCCUUCUCAAUGGCAACAGCCUUGAGUUGGGCCUCCAGAUGGGUUUCGGGCCUUACCAGAGCCCAAGUCGGAGAAUCCCUCUGGCCGACAUCGGGGUCCAGUUUGCUGUUAUCCUUGCAGCGGUCCCCUGGAUCUCGGUGGAAUCCAAGAAGACGGCGAUCGCUGCCUUGCGAGACUUCUCGACAGAGGACGCCGGGCGAGUCAAGGGACUUCCGCUGAGGCCAGGCUCCGUCAUUGCCCUGCACUGCACGCACAACAACCGCUACCUCUCCAUGGACUCGAAUCACAUUCAGGGCAGCCCGGAGGAGCGUCCCGAUGGGAUCAAGGAUUGGUGGAAUCACGAGCGCUUUACCGUGGUAGAUGCAGGGCACGGCAAGAUCGCGUUGCACAACGCGCACCACAACAAGUUCCUCAAAUCCUUCGGCAGUGGAGUAAGUCCUCAGAAAAAUGUGAACGAGCUUCCUCAUGAUUGGGGCGCAGAGAGAUGGAAUGUGGUGGAUGCCGGAAAUGGACAGAUUGCAUUGCAGGGCUCGUCGAAGGUCUUCCUCAGCGUCAACGAUGGCGGUGGGGCGGGCUUCACCGACCCUCAUGAUCAUCUGCCCGCAAGCUGGACGUGGGAGCGCUUCACGGUCGUGGCCGCUGAGGUGAAGCUGGUCCCUGGAUCAACAGUGGCUCUCUACAACACCCACCACCGAAAGUUCAUUGCCAUGAGAAGGAACCAUCUGGAAACCCGGCGGUUCCUCAGAAGGUGGUGA